CCGGAACUGUGCAGUGUAGGUCAGCUGACUGUUGUGAUCAACUAGCGGCUGUUGUUAACGUCUCAUCUGAAGGGGAGCUUUGAGGUAGAAAACCCGUCUCCUCUGUCCGCCCGAACGCACCGAGCCGCUCCCCAGCCGCUAAGCCCGAUAACCGGCCACGUCUUCCCGCCCUCAGCAGGGAUGAGUGUCGGCGCUCCGAGAGGCCUGGCCAGCUCGGGGCAGAAGCUCAUCACGGAGAUCCUCCACCCGCUGUCCGCCGCCGAGGAGCCCCUGUCCCCGGGGCAAGAUGUCACCGUCAGCGCAAAGGAAGAGAAGGAACCGGGCCUGACCAACGGCACGCCGGCGGAGCUUUCCAGCCCCGCCUCUGCGGCGGUGCUGCUCAGCAGGCUGCAGCUGGACGGCGACCCGGAGGCCGACGCCGACGACCCGUUUGGCUCGGGAGAACCCCGCGACCUCUUUGUCACCGUCGAUGACCCAAAGAAGCACGUCUCCACCAUGGAGACGUACAUCACCUACAGAGUCUCCACUAAGACGACACGGAUAGAGUUUGACCUUCCUGAGUACAGCGUGCGGCGGCGCUACCAGGACUUCGACUGGCUGAGGAUAAAACUAGAAGACAGCCAGCCGACCCACCUCGUCCCUCCGCUGCCAGAGAAGUUUGUGAUGAAGGGUGUGGUGGACCGCUUCUCCGAGGAGUUUGUGGAUACAAGGAUGAAGGCUCUGGACAAGUUUCUGAAGCGAGUCGCGGACCACCCAGUUCUGUCUUUUAACCCACAUCUUAAUGCCUUCCUGACUGCCAAGGACCUGAACAAGCGUCAGGGUCUGGCCCUGCUGACCAAAGUGGGCGAAUCUGUGAAGAACGUGGCCGGAGGCUACAAGCUGCGGGCGCGGCCGGCUGAGUUCUGUGCCAUGGGAGAGUAUCUGGACACGUUCAGCCAGAAACUGGGAACCAUCGAUCGCAUCGCGCAGAGAAUCCUCAGAGAGCAGUCGGAGUACCUGACGGAGCUGCGCGAGUACGGCGCCAUCUACUCCACCUGGGCUGCAUCAGAGGAGCAGCUGCAGCGCCCCCUGGAGGGCGUGGCCGGCUGCGUGUCGACGAGCUGCAGUGCUCUGGAGGAUCUGAGUGACAACAUGAGCCAGGACUUCCUUCCUGUUCUCAGAGAAUACGUUCUAUACAUCGAGUCAAUGAAGAACGUUUUGAGGAAGCGAGACCAAGUUCAAGCGGAGUACGAGGGCCGCCUGGAAGCCGCCGUGUUGCGCAAACAAGAAGAUCGGACGCCCAUCCCUGUGGAAGUGGAGAAGUGCCAGGACAAAGUGGAGUGUUUCAAUGCUGACCUGAAAGCAGACUGGGAACGCUGGCAGCGGAACAAGAGGCAAGACUUCAAACAGCUCCUCACGGGCAUGGCCGACAAAAACAUCAACUAUUAUGAAAAGAGCCAGGCAGCGUGGGAGUCCCUCAUAACGCUCCUCCAGGAAAAACAGACUGAGGACAAAACGAGCGAGACGAACUGAACUGAACUGAACACGUACUUGAACGUCACGCACAGCCAAGCCAAGGAAAACCAGCGACAGGGCAGCAGGUUCUAACCGCCAGCGGUCCGCCUCCUGCUACCCUGAGAGAAACAAUGACGAUGACACGGAGAGCGGCCGCCUUCCACGCCGAUCCGGCCUGGGAAGAAAGGUAAUGAGAGGUGUGUUUGAGGUCAGCUGGGACAGUGGAGAAUCUUCUGUACAGAUCCGUCUUUUUUUUUUUCUUCUUCUAUUUUUAUGGACUUUUUCUACCUAAUAUUUCAGAUUAACGGUCGUUUUUGUUUGUUUGUUGUUGUUGCCAAUGCUGCUUGUGUUUAUUUAUCUACUUUUGUGGGGAGAUGCGUUAUUUUGUCCGCUCUCUCCGUUUUCACACUGAGCCAAAUGGGUAUCGAGGACCGGAAAUGCCGCAGUUCAAUAUAUCAAUAAGAUGGUAAAUAAAUAUUUAUACAUGCUAUAAGUCAAUUAAAGUUGUAAAGAAAUUAACUGAUUAUUAUUUGUUAAAAAGAAUAACAAAAUGAGAAAAUGUAUUUUUUUUUUUAGCUAAAAGCAGACAUGAUUUAUUUUUUUAAAAUUUACUUCACACUUUGAUCUGCUUGUUUUGUCCGACCUAGUAAUGGAAGUGUUUGGGCGGAGCUAGUGUUGCUGCAGACAAGAGGAUUGGUCGACAGCUGAAUUGAUGUGCAGCUUAACCAAUCAAAAUUUCUUUCUCAAAUGCAGCACAGAACAUGUGACAAAAUUGAAUACAUUUGGACUUAGUUGUAAAUAAUGUAAUCCAUUGUUAAUUUUUCAUGAAUAAAUUUAUUAUUUUUUUAAUAUUAGCUAAAUUUAUAGGUUUGUUUAUUUAAUGUGAUGCAAUUUCAUGUGGAUUAAAAUUGUACAUGUAUGCAAGUAUAUAAAUGUUUAUUUACCGAAUGUAUUGGAUUGUGGCCUUUCGUUUUGCUUUUGACAAAUGGGAAUAACCUCAAAAAAUUUUGGUUUGAUUUUUACUUUUUUAUUUAUUUAUUAUUUUUCUUUUUGCUUCUACAAGAAGGUAAAACUCAGAAAUUGUUACAUCAAAACUUGUCAUUUGACUAAAUUUUUCAGCUGAAACAGUUUUUUUUUUUUUUUGGAUCCUUGCAUCCAAGAAUUAUCACAGGAAUAUCCACUUGACGCCCUCUAAUAGCUGUUUAACAACAUUUCAUAAAUAUUUUCCCACAUUUUCUUUAGUAUAGUGAACGAUAAGUGUCAUGAUAAAACCAAAUGAGGAAAAAUAUCCUAGUUUAAAAUUCCAGGAUAUUUCCUAGAAUGUUACACACUUAUAAAUAGAUAAGUGUGUAACAGCACCACCUCGUGGCAAAGUUUUCCUCUGCUUCUCAUUCUCUACUUCUGCUGGAUUCGGUUGUUAAAGUGGUUAAGGUCAUUUAAAGGCACGGUAUAUUAAUAUUCCAGCCUUCUUUGACAUGCUAUAAAGUUGGGAAUGUUAAGUGGAAUAUGGCCUUGGAAUAACUUUGAGGAAAAAGUGAAUGCUGUAAUGCAAAAAAAAAAAAUGUAUAGAGCUGGAAACGGUGAAUCAUUCAACCCUGAUGGAGCUUAAGACCGCCCAGUAAAAAUGUGAUUUUUGCUUUGGAACGACAACCUGUUGCAGGACCUACAUCCGAGGUGAUUCCAUUUUGCUUUAAUAUAUUCAGUUACUUAUCAAACAGAAACUGCAGGAAGCCAAUUGACUGAGCAAAUCCUUUCCAGUAUACAUUUGUUCUGCUUGCUCACAGUAUUGACUUUGUGGAAUCAUCUGCAGAGCUGUGACUCAAUUGGAAAAUAUUAGAAAACACGGAAGCAGCCUCCCGAAAAUACCCAUUUUUUUUUUCUCAUAUUCUUUACUUGAUCUCAAUUCUAAAGGGGAACAGAAUCACUUUGCUGCCAUCGGAUCAAACGGUUCUCCUUUGGUGGCUCUCAACCACGGUACGAAGAUGAAACCUGCUGAAGCGUCAUAAUAUAUUCUCUCUCCUCAGCUGUGUGUGCUUGAGUCAGUGUGACCUGGUGUUAAGUUGCAAAAUGUGACCAAUGUUUUCAGGACAAGCUCAGUUAUGUGACAUUAACCCAACACCAUGUUAACGUGUAGCUUUAGUUCAUUUUUGCACAGAUGUAGCCUCAGACAGAAUCAUCUGUCUGAUAAAAGAAGAGAUUCUUGAAAUAAAGGUACGAUUGUUUAGAUUUUUGUUUUUUCAGGCUGAUGCCACAUUACCGGACCUGCCCUCUUUACAACCGAACAUGAAGGCUGAGUUGGUGUCUGCAACUUGUAGAUGUUGUCAGCUUCCUCGUUUUUUUUUUUGUUUUUUUUUGUUCCUCAUUCUUAUGUCUACCUUGACCUUUUUAACCUUUGACAGUAGCUACUUCUUUAACUGUUCUAUCAGAUGUGAAAAAAAGGAUAAAAAUGAAGGAAAUAAAAUGCAAUUAACUUGUUUUUUUUUUGAGAGGUCCAGAUUGAGAUGAUGGUUCCAGGUAGCUAAGACAACCGGAGGCAGCUGUAACAGAGGUUCAAACUAAAAAAAGCCUGAAUGACUGUAACUGACUGAAAUAAUAUCAAAAUAUGAGGAUGCACUCAAGAGAUCCAAAUACCUGUUUUGUUUUUGGGGUUUUUGUAACUAUGAUGCUGCUGUAUUAAAACAAACUAUGUUUAAAUAUUACAUUGAAUACAUGCUUAAAAACUGUGACUUUUACAAUUAUUGGCACCCCUAGUAAAGACGUUUGAAUCUAAUCUCACAAUACAUGAUGGCGUAAAAACAACUGCGGCUAUUGUAGCGAGCCACUGGUGAUGCUGUGGGAGUGAAACAGGCCCUCAGCAUCACAGACCCUCCCCCAUACUUAACAGUGUGUUUUAUACAUCCUGUUUGUUUCAGAGUCAACGCACCUGGAGUGUUUUCUCAUUGAGCUUCAAUGAUUGUAAUUUUUUUCUGUGUGUGGAGGGGACAUGAAGUUGGGUACAGUGCAUGUUCAGUUGACUUGAGUGGCAAGUUUUCUCAUCUUUCCCAUUUUGAAACGAUUAGGAGAAAUUGACCUCCUUUUGUACGUCAUAAUUUUUACCUCUAUUGAAAUGAACACCAUCAGUUGCUAAUUUAAAGUUUCUUGAUAUUCUGAUGAAUCUAAAAAAAAAAAAGAGUAUAAUUUGUUGCAUUUGUUUUAUAGAAACUGUUAAGGUGCCAAUAAUGAACUUUAUUUAACAAGUUUCCUAACCUUAAUUUGUUUUCUUGCUGACUAAAGAGACUUAGAUUUUCAGUAGGAGAUCAUGUUUCUCUAAAAAGCUGAAUUUAUUUAUUUAUUUAUGUUUUUGUUUUUUUUUACAUUGUUUUACCAGGAGUGCUGAUAAUUGUAGAGGGUGCUGAUUUGAAAUCAUCAAUUGGAAACCUUUACGUCGGUACUCAGGGGUCCUGACCUCUAAUAGUGGUAAAAAUAGAAAUGUUGGUGACCAGUUUAAAUGAAUCGUAAUAAAAAUGAAACAAAGGGAAGAACUUCCAUCGUCAAGCUUGAGAUUUUCACGCCCACUUUUUGUUUACUUUGCUAUAGACGGAACCGUCAGAGAGGAGUAUCAUUUUGUCAUUUUGUUUAAAAUUAUAAACAGGUAGGAGUUCAUCCACGGACCUCUUCCUGGAGAAAAAAAAACAGAAACAUUUUCCUUGGUGUUUGGUUUUGUGACACCAAAAUGAAGUAAAAAAGACAAAAACAAAAAAGUUACUCUUGCAUUAAGGGAGAAAUAUUUUUGUGUUUUUUAUUUUUAUGGCGUCCAGUUGCUGCCAUUUGACUCGCUAGCGAACCGACUGGACAGGUGUUCAAGUCGGGGACGUUUUUUUUUCUUCAAAGCUCUUAAGCCAAAUGUCCUCGUCUCCUUCCUGUGCAACUUUCACACGUUUAAUGAGAUCUAUUUUUGUUUUUCUCUGUUCCACCCCAGUGUGCUCUGUUUACGUCCCGAAUUGUACAUUCGAAUGUUAAUAACAAUUUGUUGUAAUUAUAAAUAAGCUUGUAUACUGAUGUUUUGAUGCAAUUUAUCUUUACCACAUUUUUUGGAUAUACUGGACCAAUAAAUAAAGAGAAUAAAUGACGA